AAGUUUGAAGUUUGAAAUUUGAAUCUGAAUUCAUCAUCGCGCAUGGUGUUCAUCCUUUCCGAUAGCAAGAACAAAGUUGAAAACGUUAGCCUUCAUCAUCAUUGAUAUUGGAAGCAGGCUGAGCGAUCCAGGACGCUCCUUCUGUGUCAAAGUUCAAUAAUUCUGUCCUGUGAGGUAUUCGGACACCAUCUCGAAUUCCUGUCACGAUGUCGGAAGGUUCGGACUCUGAAGUGGUGGAGGGUGGAGAAUCUGAAUUCAGUAGAACUCAUCUGUCGGAGGAUUCUUUGUACAGCGUUGAAAGCAGGCAUGGAUCUGCUUCAAGCUUGAGGGUAGUGCUCCCAGCAAAAUCAGAGUUAUGUAGGUAUUACGGUAUACCUGGUGGAUGCGUUCGUGGAGAUGUAUGCUUCUUUGCUCAUGGUGAUGAAGAAAUUCGGAAAAGAUCAAGAAACUUAUCACCAGAGAUGCUUUACAGUCCCUCACCUCUGAUGCGGCUCAUGAAAUUGAAUCAAAUGUCGCCAGAGGAUUUAAAGAAGAAAGUCUUUGUAGGUGGGCUCCCACUAUCUGUUGACUCAGAUGACUUGAGAGUGUUUUUCGAAGAAAAUUUUGGUCCUGUCAGUGAUGCAGUUGUGAUUGGCAGUCAUUCUGGUGACCAAGUUCAGUCUCGUGGUUUCGGAUUUGUAAAAUUCAAGCAUGAGGCAUCAGUUUUACUUGCCAUACAAACUCAUUACAUCCAACUAUCUGGAAAGAAGGUGGAGAUCAAGGGUGCCGUUCCACGCACAGGAUUAUCCCAUCUUGAGACUUCUGAAAGAAGUUUCCCGAUGCCAAGAUCCGGACUGUCACCUGAGGCUUCUCUUGGGGGCACUUCGAGCUCAAGUUUGCUGACACCAAAGCUGCCGUUUACAAAUCUCGAUUGCACUGCAGAAAGUGAAGAGCAAGCUCAGUGGACGAAGACAGGAAACCAAGGUGCCGAUGAUCAGUCAUCGAAAAAUAAGAAAGCCGUAUCAGAAGGUGGCUCAUCUACCGCACCCACAUGCAACGCCGGCGCACAAUGGGUGUUGCGGUUCAAGCAAUGGCUUCCGAAUUUCUUGAUUGAGGUCUACAACCGCUUAAAGGAAGGAGAGUGGUACCCAUUAUCUUCGUUAAAGGGAGAUUUCAGAGCCACUUGUGGUUUAGAGUUAGACCACACGAGCAUUGGCUAUCAUAAACUCCAUGAUUUUAUCAAAUCCCAUCCAGAAUUGUGCAAAAUCAAGAUUGUACCUGUAGGAUUAGGCCCGGCCACUCACAUGGUGCUUCUUCCUGCCUCAACGUGGACGAAAUCGACUGGGCGCCAUCAGAUGGAAGGCAGAUCAUUGAUGGAAGAUGGGCGGUCAUAUGCAGCUACAAUUUCCCGCGGGAAUGCAAAAAUCGUGACAGAGAAUGUUCAAUCUCCCGUGGAUACUUCCAUGAAGACAACUAUGGCUCCUCUCCGAAGAGCCAUGAAUGCAUAUGACAGAUAUGCAGUCUCUUCUCAAAAUGUCAAUUUUGCAGACUCUUUUCAGCAACUUGCUGAAAACAAGAGGAUUGGGAUCUCAGAGAAUAAUGCCUUGAAAGCAUCAAAUUCCUUGGGUCAAAAUGGAACUAUUGGACAAACAUCAGUGUUUCCAAGCCAGAACGGAAUGCGAGGGGGAUUAGAGGACUUGCGAUCUGUAGGAUCCUCUAGGAGCAGCAACGGAACGCCAAGUGGUAAUACUGAGAAUUUUUACUCCCUCUUCUCAGAGAACAACAACGCAUGUAUACACAAUGGAAGCGCGUCCAGGGGCACCUUUACACAAAGUUCAAAUCCUCAUGUCAUAGGUAACUUCAUGGAGGAGCCAAGAACACCCGUGCUUCAAGGGAACUUGAAAUCGUUUUCAACCUACGAGAAUCAGCCGAUACAUCAACCAAAUUUCAGUGGGUCUUCAUACAAUAUGUGGGAUGUUAAGUUUCCUGGUAUCAUGAUGAUGAGUGGUGAUAACGAGACAGAAGUUUGGAGAUCACCACAUUGAAGGAAUCUACAAUAAACAUAAAAUCUCCUCUUGGAGGAGAUAGUAUUGAAGGUACACAGCAAGUGACAAAUUCUUUUAAGAAUUUGAACUAAGAAUUACUUUUUCAAAUUCUAAGGGAAUUCUAAGAAUAUCCUUAGAAUUUACUUAGAAUCCUGUGACCACCAUUCCCGUCAUGUAUGGAGGACGUCAAAGGUUACGAUCGCAGAUCCCUGUCCUGCAGCUGAGACUUAUGUACACUGCAGCAGCAAGCACGUUUGGUUCACAGAAUCUGACACUAUCCGAUUUCCCAGGACUCUAAGGGCUUGAUCGGAGUGGGUUCGAAUCCUCUACAAUAUGGAACUGUCAGUCGUCCAAACACCCAUCGUCACCGUACCAAGCUUCUGUAAUUUCAGCAAAAAUCCUUGAAAUCCUUUUUUGUGUGUUCUGCCAACAUACUUUCCUCUAAACUGAAGUCCUUGUUAGUGGUAUUUGACUUACAGACCAAAAAUACUGGAAAAAAGAUUGUAUCUCUGAUACAGGCAGCUCCAAACUGGCACAGCCUCCUUGCCUCACAUCUUUGGCUCUCGAAAUCAAAUCGAGGUCCUUCUCAAAAGAAUAAAAUUGAAAGCCAUGUCUGCAGAUGUGGUGAAGCUGGAAGCCUCUUUCAAACCUUCAGUUCAUGAGAUCUGAGGACUGCAAUUUCAUCUCUAGGACAUGGAUCUUUUCCUUUCAGUAUAAAUGGUAUAAUGUACUCCUCGUGAGAGCUGUUGAUAGAGCUCUAUACUGUCAGGUCGACGAAAGGUUUCUACCAUCAAAACUCCGUUUGGUACAAAUAGAGAUGAUAGGCAUUUUCUCUGGAGUCUUUACUCCACCACUGAUUUGCCGAAGAGAAAACCAGUCAAGUUAGCCGUGGUAUCAGAAAUUCUACUAUGAAACCAAACAUUACUGGAAAGAGCUCCGCCUAUUCCCUGCACUCCCGUCAGCGGAAAUUUGUGAAAGUCUAUAUCAUACGCCCCUGGAGAAUAUUUGAGCAAGAAGGAAUUCUCGAUUGUCCCAAGCUUUCGAAAAAACAGUUUAAUUAUUGACAUACAUCU